GCAGCGCAGGCGGCAGUGGGGGCCUGACAGCGCGGCGGUGUGGACCGCGCGGCCGAAGAGCGCGGCGCCCAGAGCGCGGUCCGCUCGCGGAGCCACAGCCCGAGCCGGGUCCCAGUCGGAGCCGAGCCCCAGCCGAGCCGAGCCGGGCCCGGAGCGCCGGGUGCCCGCAGCCAUGCUGGCCGGCCGCGCCGCGCGCACCUGUGCGCUGCUCGCCCUCUGCCUCCUGGGCGCCGGGGCCCAGGAUUUCGGGCCGACGCGCUUCAUCUGCACCUCGGUGCCUGUGGACGCCGACAUGUGCGCCGCGUCCGUGGCCGCCGGCGGCGCCGAGGAGCUCCGGAGCAGCGUGCUGCAGCUCCGCGAGACCGUGCUGCAGCAGAAGGAGACCAUCCUGAGCCAGAAGGAGACCAUCCGCGAGCUGACCGCCAAGCUGGGCCGCUGCGAGAGCCAGAGCACGCUGGACCCCGGAGCCGGCGAGGCCCGGGCGGGCGGCGGCCGCAAGCAGCCCGGCUCGGGCAAGAACACCAUGGGCGACCUGUCCCGGACACCGGCCGCCGAGACGCUCAGCCAACUCGGGCAAACUUUGCAAUCGCUCAAAACCCGCCUGGAGAACCUCGAGCAGUACAGCCGCCUCAAUUCCUCCAGCCAGACCAACAGCCUCAAGGAUCUGCUGCAGAGCAAGAUCGAUGAGCUGGAGAGGCAGGUGCUGUCCCGGGUGAACACCCUGGAGGAGGGCAAGGGGGGCCCCAGGAACGACACCGAGGAGAGGGUCAAGAUCGAGACCGCCCUGACCUCCCUGCACCAGAGGAUCAGCGAGCUCGAAAAAGGUCAGAAAGACAACCGCCCUGGAGACAAGUUCCAGCUCACGUUCCCGCUGCGGACCAACUAUAUGUAUGCCAAGGUGAAGAAGAGCCUGCCAGAGAUGUAUGCCUUCACUGUCUGCAUGUGGCUCAAGUCCAGCGCCGCGCCAGGGGUGGGCACGCCCUUCUCCUAUGCUGUGCCCGGCCAGGCCAACGAGCUGGUCCUCAUUGAGUGGGGCAACAACCCCAUGGAGAUCCUCAUCAAUGACAAGGUGGCCAAGCUGCCUUUUGUCAUCAAUGAUGGCAAGUGGCACCACAUCUGCAUCACCUGGACCACCCGGGACGGGGUCUGGGAGGCCUACCAGGACGGCACGCAGGGUGGCAGUGGCGAGAACUUGGCACCCUAUCACCCCAUCAAGCCCCAGGGUGUGCUGGUGCUGGGCCAGGAGCAGGACACUCUGGGUGGUGGGUUUGAUGCCACCCAGGCAUUUGUGGGUGAGCUGGCCCACUUCAACAUCUGGGACCGCAAGCUGACCCCCGGGGAGGUCUACAACCUGGCCACCUGCAGCACCAAGGCACUGUCCGGCAAUGUCAUCGCCUGGGCCGAGUCCCACAUUGAGAUCUACGGUGGAGCCACCAAGUGGACCUUCGAGGCCUGUCGCCAGAUCAACUGAGCGCGGCAGGCCAGGCUGAGCCCGCCCGCCCUCACCCCCUGCUUGUGCGGCGAUGAUCUGUUUCGUGCGUCUCUUCUCUCCCUUUUCCCUAGGAAUGAACCGAGGCCGUCGCCCCUGCACAUGCACACGCACACAGCCUGGUUUUGUCCUCAUGCACACGAAGCAGCCCCUGCUCCCAUCUGUCCCUGAGGAAGCCCCACUUCUCUGUAGGAGCCUGGACUCUCUCAGGCGGGCCCCGUUCACAGCUAAAGUGGGCGCUGCGACGUUUUGAACGAGGCAGAAGUAGGUGAGAGCAUCUGUGUGUGCGUGUCUACAUGUGUGUGUCUACAUGUGUGCGUGUGCGUGGCGGGGGGAGGCCUUUUCUUAGAGGACGUACUUCAUUUCCUUCUUUCUUUUGUCUUUGGAAAAAUCUCAUGAUGAAAACUCGUAUUUGCCAACUUUGUUAGCUGCGUGCGUGCCUUGGGGUUGCUGCAACCUCAGUACACGCAUUUGUCUUUGUUUGCAAACCUUUUUCAGAGCGACAUAUCUUUAUAUUGAUGUAAUAAAUGCCUUUUAGUAGGUUGUCAAAGGCCAGGGGCGGGGUCUCUCUACAGAGAACUUUUACUUUGUAAUGGAAGUGAAUUGUCUCUGAAGGGUGAAGGCGGGCUGUCCUGGGAUGUACCCUGUGCUCUCCCGUGGAGGAGAGGGGAUGGCUGAGGACACUGGCCCUUACCCCAGAGCCAGGCAGCAUCCAUCCCUGCUGUUUGCAUCUGAGAGCAGCACAGGGCCUGGGAGGCUGGCCUGAGUGCCCAGCUCAGUCUGCUCUGCCCCAGGAAGGCCUUGCCCUCGGCCUUCCCACCUGCUCAGAUCCUGCAAGGUUGGGGUCUGCCCCUUCUUUCUCGCCUCUGGAGCUGUGCUACUUCAGCCCGGACAGCCCUGAGAGAGGAGUGUCCCACCCACAGCCCAGGAAGCCAGGCCCCAGGGCCCCUCUCCUUUGGCCUCCGGCAGUGCAGACCAAAGGAGACCUUUUAAGGAAAGAAGCUGUGUUUCGCUGAAGACCUGGCCACAUGGGACCACUGGGACUUCAACCCAGCCCAUUGGUGGGAAGGUCCUCUUCGGGGACCUUUGACAGCCAUAUCCCUUCCAGCACACCAGGUGCCAGGUGAGCUGGUUCAGACCCCUCCAAGGGUACUCCGGAGACCUCACACGUGGAGCCAGGCCUGGCCAGGGUGGGGGCCUGAAACCCACUCCUCCAUCUCACGGGGCUCACAGCCUACAGCAACCUGCAAGCUGCCACUGGCCGGUGACACUGACACCUGACCAGUGUCCAGAACCUUUGCCUUUUUUUGUUCCCCGUGAAAAGCAACAUGGACAUUUCCUUCUAGUCCUUCCAAGGAGGGGAGAGAAGUAUGUGUGCGUGUGUGUGUGCGUGUUUGUGUGUGUGUGCACUGAGUGAGAAAGAGAGCAGGCUCGGGAGACCCUGCCCAGGGUAGGGGGAGCUUCCUGCUUUGCACCAUUUGGUGGUCGCACGCCCCGAGGGCACCCCGACUCUGUCUCCAGGAGUCUCAUCAGCAAGCGGCUGACAAGUCUUUCUAGAAAUUCUACUGCACUGCCUGGCUCAGCUGCAGCUGCAGACAUUUCUGCAGGAGGAGCAGGUGUUUCUGUCUUCUGUUCCUUCUAGGGCCACCUGUCCCCUUAAACACAGGUCCACGUUGUGUCAAGAACCUAGUGCAUCUGUUUGUGUCUGUCAGUGUCUCUGUGUCAGUGUUCUCGUGGGUGUCUGCACGGUACCCGGCCGCCGUUCUGCAAUGCAUCACUCCCGCGGAGGGGGUGCAGAUCAGGCGCCGCGCUGCGCGUUGUUGUUCAACAGUAGCUUUUUCUUAGAUAAUCGUGCUUCAUCAGCGCCUGUCGGGUUGUGGCAUCCUUGGAUCUGCAGGGAUCUUCUCUGUUUGCAUGUUCCUCGGGGUGGCGUGUUCCUUGCUCCCUGGGUCCGACGUGUGUUCCCGCACCUGCAUGGACUGCCCUGGUUCUGUGUUGUGUGCCGAGUGCCGCCCAGUGUUCUGUGACCACCCGUGUACUACUGAAAAUGGCUGGGUAAGCAAGCCAAGGGUGUUGGAGGAGGUCAAGAGAGAGCUCAGUUUCCCUCUCCCCCUCCCCAAACACACCAAGAAGCAUUUUUAACGUGUAGGUUGAGAACAAGCCUAAAGGAUUCCCAUAGCUGGGAGCCAGCGAGAGAGCUUGGAGUCGCCUCUCUAGACCAGAUCUAGCCCCACCCUCACUCCAGCCAUCUCGGAGCCCUUGUGCAGGCAACACUCAGUGCGGGCUGUGCGGGGUGCUCCCCUGCCAGCACCUCCCACCAGCCCCGCCCCUGCCGAUCUACUGGACUGCAGACCACCUUCUGCCCCCUUGGGCCAGGUGGGAGCUGUCCGUUCAGGACCACGAGCCAUCCUCUGCCCUGACUAGCGAGGGGCAGAGCACACCCCAGUGCUUACGCCUCCACCCCUGCAGCCUCCUGGCCUGCUCACCUUCCUCGCCCCUCCUCUGACCCACCCAUGGUGCCAGGGCCGAAGCUGACCUUUAGCUCCCUCCCGCCCCUUGCUAGGGUCUGAGCCAAGCCCCUCGACUCCCUCACUGUGUUGACACUUGGCACUUUGCUGGCCCCGAGAAAGGUCGAUGACACAGCCGCAAAUCUAAUCCACGUAGUUCCCAUCUACUCCUUAAUCUGAUUGAUGUUCCCUCUUGCACUGAAUAAUACAUGCCUCUCUCAGGUAAGCCAUUUUAUAAAACAAGAAGAUAAAAAGCACUGUUGAGGCAGUGUUUGCUUUUGCCGAGCUGGUGUCCGACAGCUCCCUGGGUGUCUGGGGUGGGAGAGCUGUUGAUAGAAGCUCUCCGGGCCCUCAGGGGCUUAGAUCCCACUUGAGUCGUAAGCCUUCUUGCUUUUGAUAACACAGUAUUAUUUCUCUUACUGUAGAAGAAAAAGUUUAUUACCAAACAAGAGUAUUUUUAUGAAAGAAAAGGACAAACCUAUAAAUUAACUCAACCUAUUUCUCCCUUGAAAAUACUUUCAGGCUCCACCAAAACGUAGAACUGAAAGCAUGUAUUUUGGAAGAAAGAGAUACAUUUUGUAUGCUUUCUUUUCCUUUUGUAGAUUCCCAGUUUAUUUUCUAAGACUGCAAAGAUCACUUUGUCACCAGCCCUGGGACCUGAGACCAAGGGGGUGUCUUGUGGGCAGUGAGGGGGUGAGGAGAGGCUGGCAUGAGGUUCAGUCAUUCCAGUGAGCUCCAAAGAGGGGCCACCUGUUCUCAAAAGCAUGUUGAGGACCAGGAGGUAAAACUGGCCAUUUAUGGUGAACCCGUGUCUUGGAGCUGACUUACUAAGUGGAAUGAGCCGAGGAUUUGAAUAUCAGUUCCAACCUUGAUAGAAGAAGCUUGGGUUACAUGUGGUUCACAUUAAGAGAAUAGAAUCCUUUGGAAUCUUAUGGCAACCAAACGUGGCUUGACGAAGUCAUGGUUUCAUCUCUUAAACACAGUGUGUAAAUGUGUUCAACUAACGAUGGGAAAUGUAUUACUUCUGUACACAGUGGACUUAAGCGCAAUUUGUUGAAAGGGAACAAGUCAUUGAAGAGAAAAAAAAAAAAAAGCCCAAUACUUAGAGUCCCAAUUUUGUCUUAUUUGCCAAAAAAAGAAAAAAAAAAAGCAAACCCCCUAGAGUUGAUAUUGUUAUAAUGUAUAUACUGUAUAAUAUGAAAGAGAAUCGAUGUAUCUUACUUUUUCAUUAUUUGCUAACCAAAGCUGUACAUUUUUCAUAUGAUCUGCAGCCUUUUGGGUAUUAAAUGGGUCAAAACCAUGGGACCUGCCACCUCCCAUCAGCAAUUCUGGAAAUGCACUAUUUCUACUGGUAUUCUUGCUUUUUUUUUUUUUUUUUUUUUCAUUUUUCUUGCUGAAAUGACAUGAAUUGUUGAGUUUAUUUUUACACAGUAAAGAGUGGAGAAAGA